UUCCCCAGGUGCCGCACCCUCUAGGUAUUCCGUGAAACUUCCACGGCAUUUUAGGCCUGGAAACCGUCUCGCAACUCAUCCUUCCAAACGCCCACGAGCAAGGGGCAUAUUACCCCGCUACCGACCGUGUACGCAUGCGUGGGACUGAGUUGCUAGCGUGCGUGUGACGUCACGGGCGCGCCAGUCUGAACUCAUCCUAGUUUCUCUUUAGAGCGCUGGUCAAUUUCCAAGUACGUUUGGAGUUCGUUGCUUGGGUAGAAGUGAUGACUAACUUAAAGGAAAGGAAAAGCAAAACUAAAUCAAAGAAGCUAAAAGCAAAUUAUUGACUACAUUUUGGAUAAAACACUGGGCUUUGUGUUUUCAGCAGUAAGCUAUCAACUUCUCUAACUGAAUUUGCUUUCCACGGCACUGUGAAGCAGAUCUGAUAUGCCACUUGAAUUAAUAAAAGAAGUCAAAGGAGUGCCUGAAGUUGAUCUGCUAAGUAAAUUACACAAAGUAGAUUUCAGAUACCUACAGCCAGGUUGUGAUUAUAGCAGGAAAUAUAUCGAGGGAAAACUCUCACUUAUCUCUUCUUUAACUUGUGGAAACAGAAGAGCUUUUUUGAAGAUUGGACUACAAGAACAAAAAAAUUCAAAUUCGGAGAUCAACACCAUCAGUGUAUUAUUUUUUGGAAAAUUAGCAAAGGACUGUGCUAAAGUUUUCUAUGAAGGGGACACCAUUGCAGUGGCCGGAUUUGUUAUUUUGUCAGCAUCUUCAUCUACAAGCAGAGAUGGUAACCUUUGCUUAUUUUUGAAAGCAUCUGAGGACUUUAAAUCAACUGUUUAUGUUUAUGUUAAAUCCGUAAGAGAUUUUUCUACAGAAUCAAUGUCUUUGGUUCCAGCCACACAUUAUAUAUAUACACCCCUGAAUCAACUUAAGAGUGGCAUGAUUGUCAAUGUCUAUGGUGUUGUGAAGUUCUUUAAGCCUCCAUAUCUGAGCAAAGGAACAGAUUAUUGCUCAGUUGUAACAAUUGUGGACCAGACACAUGUAAAGUUAACCUGCCUGUUCUUUAGUGGAAAUUAUGAAGCCCUUCCAAUGAUUUAUAAAAACGGAGAUAUUGUUCGCUUUCACAGGCUGAAGAUCCAAGUGUAUAAAAAGGAGACUCAAGGUAUCACCAGCUCUGGCUUUGCGUCUUUGACAUUUGAGGGAACUUUGGGAGCUCCUAUCAUACCUCGUACUUCAAGCAAGUGUUUUAACUUUACCGCUGAGGACCACAAAAUGGUAGAAGCCUUACGUGUUUGGGCAUCUACUCAUAUUUCACCUGCCUCAACAUUAGUGAAAUUGUGUGAUGUGCAGCCAAUGCAGUAUUUUGACCUGACUUGUCAGCUCUUGGGCAAAGCAGAAGUGGAUGGGGCAUCAUUUCUUCUAAAGGUAUGGGAUGGCACCAGGACCCCAUUCCCAUCUUGGAGAGUCUUAAUACAAGACCUUGUUCUUGAAGGUGAUUUAAGUCACAUCCACCGGGUGCAGAACCUGACAAUAGACAUUUUAGUCUAUGACAACCAUGUUCAAGUGGCCAAAUCUUUAAAGGUUGGAAGCUUUCUUAGAAUUUAUAGCCUCCAUACCAAACUUCAGUCAGUCAAUUCAGAGAACCUGGCAACAUUUUUAGCCCUAGAGUUUCAUCUCCAUGGAGGCACCAGUUAUGGUCGGGGAAUCAGAGUCUUGCCAGAAAGUAACUCUGACGUGGAUCAACUGAAAAGGGUUUUAGAAUCUGUAGAUUUGCCAGCCAAUCAGUGUUUAGAGGGUAUAUGUCAAUCAGAACAUGAGGACAGCUUUUCAAAUAUUUCAAGCUCUGGAUCAGUAUCACUAUAUGAAGUAGAAAGAUGUCAACAACUGUCGGCUACAAUACUUACGGAUCAUCAGUAUUUGGAGAAAACCCCACUGUGUGCUAUUUUGAAACAAAAAGCUCCUCAACAAUACCGUAUCCGAGCAAAAUUGAGGUCAUAUAAGCCCAGAAGACUCUUUCAGUCUGUUAAACUUUAUUGUCCUAAGUGUCAUUCACUGCAAGAAGUUCCACAUGAGGGUGAUUUGGAUAUAAUUUUGCAAGAGGGUGCAACCAAAACCCCAGAUAGCAAACUACAAAAUACAUCAUUAUAUGAUUCAAAAAUCUGGACCACUAAAGAUCAAGGAGAACGAAAAGUAGCUGUUCAUUUUGUGAAAAAUAAUGGUAUUCUCCCACUUUCAAAUGACUGUCUAAUUUUGAUAGAAGGAGGUACACUUAAUGAAAUCUGCAAACUCUCAAACAAGUUUCAUAGUGUAAUUCCUGUGAGAUCUGGCCAUGAAGACCUGGAAGUCCUUGACCUUUCAGCACCAUUCCUUAUACAAGGAAAAAUACAUCACUAUGGGUGUAAACAGUGUUCUAGUUUGAGACCAAUACAGAAUCUAAAUUCCCUGGUUGAUAAAACAUCGUGGAUUCCUUUUUCUGUGGCAGAAGUACUGGGCAUUGUACCUCUCCAACAUGUGUUUGUGAUGACAUUUACUUUUGAUGAUGGAACUGGAGUAUUGGAAGCUUACCUCAUGGAUUCUGAAAAAUUCUUCCAGAUUCCAGCAUCAGAAGUCCUAAUCAGUGAUGGCCUUCAGCAAAGUAUGGAUAUGACCAUGGAUAUGUUUUGUCCUCCAGGAGUAAAAAUUGAUGCAUAUCCAUGGUUGGAAUGCUUCAUCAAGUCGUAUAAUGUCACAAGUGGAGUGGAGCAGCAAAUUUGCUAUCAGAUUUUUGACACCACAGUUGCAGAAGAUCUUAUCUAAUUUUGACAUUCAACUUAGCAUAUGUAAAAUGCUAUAAUUUUGGAAAACAUUACUAUUUUCUAUGAGAUUGCUAUAAAAGACAUGAGAUUUUAGCUCU